CAAUAUAGUGGAGGGAAGUGAUUGUUUUUUUAAUAGGAAGAUAAUAAUUGAAUUGCUCUCUCUCUAUAUAUAUAACAAAACUGUGUCUUCCUCUUAAGCUUAUCAAAUUAAGCUAAGAUGUCUAAUUCUAUUCAUUCCUUAAACUUUAUUUUCCUCAUUUCCAUCAUUCUACAAUUUCAUUUUGGGUUAGGUGAGCUAAGGCUUAAUUACUAUUCCAAAAGUUGCCCAAAAGCAGAAAGCUUAAUUAAAGAGGAGGUCUUAAAAUUGUAUGAUGAGCAUGGGAAUACUGCUGUUUCAUGGGUUAGAAAUCUCUUUCAUGAUUGCAUGGUUAAGUCAUGUGAUGCGUCACUUCUAUUGGAUACAAAUGUAGCAUUGGGUAUUCAAACAGAAAAAAGUGAUACAAGAAAUUUUGGGAUGAGAAAUUUCAAGUAUGUCAACACCAUCAAACAAGCCCUUGAAAUGGAAUGCCCAUCUACCGUCUCUUGUGCUGAUAUCAUUGCUCUUUCUGCUAGAGAUGGUGCCCAAAGACUAGGAGGACCAUAUAUAGAGAUGAAGACAGGAAGAAGGGAUAGUAGAGAAAGCUAUGCGGCAGAUGUACAAAAGUUCAUCCCUAAUCACAAUGCCUCCAUUUCUGAACUACUUUCCCAUUUUCAAUCAUUGGGCAUUGACAUUGAAGGGACAGUUGCAAUUUUAGGUGCUCACUCCGUGGGAAGAGUUCAUUGUGUGAACCUAGUGAACAGGCUAUACCCAACCGUCGACCCAACCCUUGAUCCAACCUAUGCCACUUAUCUCAAAACUCGAUGCCCGACACCAAACCCGGAUCCAGAAGCAGUCGUUUACGCACGAAACGACCGUGAAACACCCAUGAUUCUUGAUAAUAUGUACUACAAAAACUUGCUUAACAACAAGGGUUUGCUCUUAAUUGAUCAACAAUUAGUUAGUAAUCCUUCUACAUUGUCAUAUGUUAAGAAAAUGGCUGCUGAUAAUGAGUAUUUCCAUCAACAAUUCUCAAGGGCUAUGAUUUUGUUGUCCGAAAAUAAUCCUUUAACGGGUAAUCAAGGCGAGAUUAGAAAGGAUUGUCGAUUUGUUAAUACCGAUUAAUAAGAUUAAGUGCGAGAAUCAGGUCUUGUUUCAAUUGGAGCAUGUACUAUUUUCUUCGGAAGAAACCUGAAUUCUUAUUGUGUAUUGAUGUAGCCAUAAUUGGCUUGUUUAGCUUGAUUGAAUUGUAAGGGUGUGUGCUUAGGCACCAUAAUUUGGUAUUGAUUACAAAAUACAUAAUGUUCUAUUGUUCUUAUUUGUGUAAUUAUAUACGUGUAUUAAUUGAAUUAUUUAUUGUAAUUACAAGUUUAUGUCUC